AUGCUAGAAAACAGCCACAGGAAAAAGGGGGAGCGCAGUGAUCCAACGGCCGUCAAUCCAGUUAGCUCAUUGAAACUGGUCCCCUGCUCCCUGCUCUGGCCUGCCGCAACAUCCGUCAGCUCAGACAACACGGGAGGAGGGAACAGCCAACGAGUGGCUGUUGUCCUCAGCCCCGAGAGGGGAGUGGCAGCCACUCAUGGAGCUCCUUUCCUGGACGCAGCGAGUGGGUAUCGAGGUUUGGGACCCCUCUCUCGUGUGGCCGGAUGGGCGAAUCACCAGACAGUGACCAGGGACACAGCGCUAAAGCUUAAGGAAAGCUUGGCCUGGAUCGGUCGGCAACCGGUGGGAAGUGUCUCAGCCACGAUGGGAAUGGAGUCAAGAUGGAGACUGAUUCACCCAAAAGUCCGAAAGAGGGGAAACCGAGGACGAAAGGGAGGCGCGAAUUCCCUCAUCGUGGGGCGGCAAGUGGAGGGGCUGACGGAGGGAUCGGCCAGGCAAGUGAUAUCAUGGCUGACUAGCCGAUCGAGAGGAUUCCCUUUCUUGGAAGGCCUUGGAAGGAUCACCAGAAAAAAAGAAGGAGAAGAGAAGGCAAUAGUACUCAAUAGUGACCAGAUAGACAGGAAACAAGCUAUUGAUGGAGCAUUUGAGAAAGAAGCGGCAGUCGUCACGGGGAAUUCUUUUCCUGUGGUUCCAACUAAACCCAAACUGACCCUGGCCUAUGCCUCGUAA